AGCUUUGAACAAUUUGGUCCAACUUGGGACACUGCUGGAUCUGAGCUUGAGACACCCCAUAUAUCCCAAUUGCCCAUUGGCCAUGGCAAUUGGCAAUUUGGGUGGUCUUCUUCUGUCGUGUUCAUCGUCUCUCGACAGAAAAGGGAAAACGCAGGAUAUGCUAUAUUAGCUGGUCCUGGUGGCAUCGAUCCUUCUUUGUAUAAUUUUAUGCCAUAUGCUUAUAAUACAAGGGAGAGAGGGAGAGAGGGAGAGAGGGAGAGAGAGAUAGAGAGAUAGAGAGAGACCCAUCUGCGCAAUCAACUUACCAUAUUAGACAGACGAUUCUUCUUCUUCUUUGUUGGUGAAAUUCAAGUGCUUUAAAUUGGAGUGGGGAUUGGUGUGAGCAUAUGUGACAUGAUAAAUGUCAUGAGCUGGUUUGAGAAGCUGCGUUGUUCUUGUUCUUCUCCCAAUCUCAGCCGCAUCAUUGCCUUCCUUCUCAUCUUCAUUCUUUAUCAUUCUUUCCAGUUAGUUUCCAAGAUUCCUAUACACCAUUCCCUUGAAAAAUAAUAACCAAAAUCAAAUUCCUUUGCUAUUGGAUUUCAUUUAAUCAUUCCAUUCAAUUUUCCCAUUUCAUGCCAAUCCCAAUGGACCCAAAAGAUUUUUUCUCUACUGAUUUUCUGGAAGGCUCUAUUUCGUCUCACAUUGAGAGGCAGCACAAUGCAUGCCCUUCUGUUAUUGUCAUUGGUGGUGGUAUAUCAGGAAUUGCAGCUGCACGUGUUCUCCAUGAUGCAUCUUUUAAGGUUAUCUUGCUAGAAUCACGAGACAGACUUGGUGGCCGGAUUCAUACUGACUACUCAUUUGGUUGUCCAGUAGAUAUGGGAGCAUCAUGGCUACACGGUGUUUGCAAUGAGAAUCCCUUGGCUCCACUGAUACGCCGUCUAGGACUUACUUUAUACCGUACGAGUGGUGACGACUCUGUGUUGUAUGACCAUGAUUUGGAAAGCUAUGCACUUUUUGAUAUGGAUGGAAGCCAAGUUCCUCAAGAGAUGGUCAUUGAAGUUGGUAAUACUUUCAAGCAAAUUCUCAAAGAGACCGAGAAAGUACGGAAUGAGAAUACUGAUGACAUGUCUGUCUCUCAAGCAAUUUCUAUUGUGAUGGAUAGGCAUCCAGAAUUAAGACAAAACGGACUUGCUCACGAAGUGUUACAAUGGUACAUAUGUCGAAUGGAAGCGUGGUUCGCUGCAGAUGCAGAUGUGAUAUCGCUAAAAAACUGGGAUCAGGAGCAUGUUCUUUCUGGUGGCCAUGGACUUAUGGUGCAAGGCUAUGACCCAAUAAUAAAGGCUCUUGCAGAAGAUAUUGAUGUACGCUUGAAUCACAGGGUUACAAAGAUAUUAAAUGGGCAUAACAAAAUGAUGGUCACAAUUGAAGACGGAAGAAACUUCGUUGCUGAUGCAGCUAUAAUAACAGUACCCCAUGGUAUUCUUAAAGCCAAGAUGAUUGAGUUUGAACCAAAGUUGCCUGAGUGGAAGGUUGAUGCAAUUUCGGAUCUUGGGGUGGGCAAUGAAAACAAAAUUGCCUUGCGAUUUGAAAAGGUUUUCUGGCCUAAUGUAGAGCUCUUAGGCGUGGUUGCACCAACCUCUUAUGCAUGUGGUUAUUUUCUCAAUCUUCACAAGACCACAGGCCAUCCGGUCCUUGUCUAUAUGGCUGCUGGAAGGUUUGCAUACGACCUUGAAAAAUUAACUGAUGAUGGUGCAGUUAGUUUUGUUAUGUUGCAGCUUAAGAAGAUGUUACCUGAUGCAACUGAUCCAGUUCAAUAUCUUGUAUCACGUUGGGGAACAGACCUGAAUUCUCUUGGAUGCUACUCAUUGGAUUUGGUUGGAAAGCCUGGAGAUAUAUAUGAUAGGCUUCGAGCACCUUUGGGCAGUCUUUUCUUUGGAGGGGAAGCUGUUAGCAUGGACCACCAAGGAUCUGUGCAUGGAGCUUACUCAGCUGGAGUUAUAGCUGCUGAGGACUGUCAGAGACAUCUCCUAAAUAAAUUUGGUAGACUGGAAAAGCUUCAGCAUGCUUACAUUACGGAUGAAGUCCUCGAAGCAACAGUUCCCCUGCAAAUCUCAAGGAUGUGAACCAUUUUAUUUAUACAUUAAAAAAAAUAUAUAUUAAUAAAGCUUUACCAUUGUUGGUCUAAUUCUGUCUAAAAUUUCUUCCCAAAUUGGAAAACACAGACGGGCUUUCUAACAGAGGCCCCAAAAUUAACAUGUUAAAACGAUGUUAUAUUUCUAUACAAGCUUGAACUCUUAUCACCCAUCA